AUGGCUUCCCAAGGCGUCACCCUCCUCGUUCUGUGUUUAUUCUCUUCGGUGGCGCAGAAGGGGUACGCCGCGAGGCCAGGUGGCGUCACCCAGCUGGUGAAGAAUGCGUGCGGCAAGGCCCCGUUCGUAGAACUCUGCAUCCGCACCCUGACCUCGGACGCCGGCGCGGGUAAGGCUGACCUCAGGGGCCUCGCCGGAACUGCGGUGAAGGCCGCCGCCAAGAGCGGUGCCAACACGUCGGAAUACAUCGCUGGGCUCCUAAACGGGCAGGUGGAGGAUCCCUCCCUGCAGCAAUGCCUCAGCGACUGCUCCGACAGCUACGUAGACGCGGUGGAGCAGCUGGAGGACUCGGUGGCGGCGCUGGACUCCGGCGGCUUCGCCGACGCCAAGACAUGGGUAGCCGUCGCCGUGGUCGACACGGAGACCUGCCGGGAGGGGUGUAAGGGAGUGCAUGGCAGCCAGGGGGUGGCGCUCCUGAAGAAAAACGAGCACGACGGUCAGCUCUGCGCCAACGCCUUGGCGAUCACAAAUCUUAUGUCUACCGCUUGA